AUAAUCUUUCAUUUAUAAAACCAAAAGAUUCAUCUCCUCCCUUCAUUUUCCAACAGGUAGAAACCGGACAUGGAAGCCAUGCAAUCCCCUGCGCUUUCUCUUCACCUCCAUUGUUUCCCUCAAAAUCCUCUCAACAUCAACAUUACCCACAGACAAUUCUCCAAAAUCAAAUCUUCUACACAAACCCAACCAGUCCAAACCCAAAAUCCCAACAAAAAGCAUCAACAAUUCGAUGAAAGAGAUGCAUUUCCAGCUUCGUUACCACUCCACAAGAAAAACCCACAAGCAAUUUACAAAGAUAUUCAAAGAUUUGCCAGGAAAAAUCAGCUCAAAGAUGCACUCAUCAUUAUGGACUACAUGGACCAACAAGGCAUCCCAGUUAACCCCACUACUUUUUCUGCCCUUAUAGCUGCUUGUAUUCGAUCGAAAUCUUUAACCAAAGCCAAAGAAAUACACACGCAUUUACGCAUAAAUGGGCUUCAAAACAAUGAGUUCUUGCGUACAAAACUUGUCCGCAUGUACACUUCCUGUGGUUCUAUUGAGGAUGCCAAAAGCGUGUUUGAUGAGUGCACUUCUACUGCUACUGUGUAUCCAUGGAAUGCCUUGAUUAGAGGGACUGUGAUAUCAGGUAAAAAAAGAUACGGGGACGUGCUUAGUGCUUAUCAAGAAAUGAGAGUAAAUGGUGUUGAAUUGAAUGAGUAUACUUUCUCCAAUGUCAUUAAGAGUUUUGCAGGCGCUUCGGCGCUGAAACAAGGGUUUAAGACUCAUGCCAUUAUGAUAAAGAAUGGGAUGAUUAGUAGUGCAGUUCUUAGGACUUGUUUGAUUGAUAUGUAUUUUAAGUGCGGCAAGACUAGGCUUGCGCAUAACGUGUUUGAAGAAUUGCUUGAAAGAGAUAUUGUUGCGUGGGGUGCGAUGAUUGCUGGGUUUGCACAUAAUAGGCGUCAAUGGGAAGCUUUGGAUUAUGUUAGGUGGAUGGUAAGUGAAGGGAUGUAUCCUAAUUCUGUUAUUAUAACUACUAUUCUUCCGGUGAUAGGAGAAGUAUGGGCGAGGAGAUUAGGCCAGGAGGUUCAUUGUUAUGUUUUGAAGAUGAAGGGUUAUUCAAGGGAGUUAUCGAUUCAAUCUGGGUUAAUUGAUAUGUAUUGCAAAUGUGGGGACAUGGGUUCAGGGAGGCGUGUGUUUUAUGGAUCGAGGGAAAGGAAUGUUGUUUCUUGGACUGCUUUGAUGUCUGGUUAUGUGUCUAAUGGGAGGCUUGAGCAGGCGUUGAGAUCAGUUGUUUGGAUGCAGCAAGAAGGGUAUAGGCCUGAUGUGGUCACGGUUGCAACUGUAAUUCCAGUUUGUGCUAAGUUGAAGACUCUGAAACAUGGGAAGGAAAUUCAUGCUUUUUCUGUCAAGAAAUUGUUCUUGCCAAAUGUAUCUCUCACCACUUCUCUAAUAAAAAUGUACUCAAAGUGUGGUGUUUUGGAUUAUAGCGUCAAGUUGUUUGAUGGUAUGGAGGCUAGGAAUGUGAUCGCAUGGACAGCCAUGAUUGACUCAUAUGUAGAAAACGGGUGCAUAGAUGAAGCAUUCAAUGCGUUUAGGUUCAUGCAGUGGUCGAAGCAUAGGCCAGACUCUGUUACAAUGGCAAGGAUGUUGAGUAUUUGCAGUAAAAUUAAAACUUUGAAGUUUGGAAAAGAGAUUCAUGGACAUAUCUUGAAGAAAGAUUUUGAGUCCAUUCCUUUUGUUUCAUCUGAGCUUGUCAAGAUGUAUGGGAGUUGUGGACUGGUUCAUAGUGCUGAAUCAGUGUUCAACGCAGUUCCUGUCAAGGGUUCAAUGACAUGGACGGCCAUCAUAGAGGCUUAUGGAUAUAAUAGCCUGUGGCAAGAUGCAAUCAAACUUUUUGAUGAGAUGAGAUCCAGGAAGUUUACUCCUAAUGAUUUCACUUUCAAAGUGGUUCUAUCAAUCUGUGAUGAAGCCGGAUUCGCAGAUGAUGCUUGCAGAAUCUUUGAACUAAUGUCUAAGAGAUAUAAAGUUAAGAUAUCUGGAGAACAUUACGCUAUCAUCAUUGGACUUCUCAACCGUUCUGGUCUGACUAGGGCAGCUCAAAGGUUUAUUGAUAUGAGUAAUUUAUUAUCGUGACAAAUUUACGACGCUUGUGCUAAUUCUUUGCCACUUUUGUGUAAUUGUGUUGAGUUGUAAUUUUAUGUAUCAUAUGACAUCGCAAAGGGA